UUAUUAUAUCACCCGCCCCUCCUUUCAUUCAUGGUUGUAUAAAACGACAAGCCUACUCUAUCUUCACGCCAUUAAGACACAAACCGAUCGGACAAGAGUCCAAAGAAGUAGCUAGUUCCAAGGAAAAGAGACUAGAUGGGUGUUGUAGAAGAAGCUCAUAACGCGAAGAUCUUGGGUUCAGGACAGCAAGUGAUAGUUUUGGCUCAUGGGUUUGGGACAGAUCAGUCUGUCUGGAAGCACUUAGUUCCCCACCUUGUUGAUGAGUACACUGUUAUUUUGUAUGAUAACAUGGGAGCUGGAACUACAAAUCCAGAUUACUUUGAUUUCAGUAGGUACUCUACCCUCGAAGGUUUUGCUUAUGAUUUACUUGCCAUUUUAGAGGAGCUGCAUGUUGAGUCUUGUAUUUUUGUUGGUCACUCCGUUUCUGGCAUGGUUGGUGUUAUUGCCUCCAUUAGUCGCCCUGAUCUCUUCUCUAAAAUUGUCAUGCUUUCUGCUUCUCCAAGGUACUUGAAUGAUGUUGAUUAUUAUGGAGGAUUCGAGCAGGAAGAUUUAGACCAAUUAUUUGAAGCAAUGCAAAACAAUUACAAAGCAUGGUGUUCUGGUUUUGCCCCACUAGCCGUGGGUGGAGACAUGGAUUCAGUAGCCGUGCAAGAAUUCAGCCGCACGCUCUUCAAUAUGAGACCAGACAUAGCCCUUAGCGUGGCACAGACCAUCUUCCACAGUGACAUGAGGGCAAUCCUACACAUGGUCACAGUCCCCUGUCACAUCCUGCAGAGCAUGAAGGACUUGGCUGUGCCUGUGGUUGCCUCUGAACAUUUGCACCAAAAUCUUGGUGGUGAGUCCAUUGUUGAAGUCAUGUCAUCUGAUGGUCACCUGCCUCAGUUGAGCUCUCCCGACAUUGUGAUCCCUGUGCUUCUUAAGCACAUUCGUUUCAAUAUAGCUGCGUAAUUUGUACUGUCAAACUCUUGUUUCCCUGCAGAUUGUGUUUGCUUCUUCUUCUUUUUUUUGUUUUGAUAGUUAAUCCGGAAGUUAGUGAAUGGUUGUACCAUGAUUGUAACGUCCCUUGUGGUUUGGCUGUGUCAAGUUGUGAUUACUCAUCACGUGAUAAGAUUCAAGAGAACAUGGAGUUCGAAUA